UGGUGUAUUGUGCCCUGUUCUGCAUGGCUCUCAAGAUGAUGCUGAUGCUGAGCUCCGUGGCGGACUGUGCUCCUUCCCUCUGCUAGCUUGUGGCAGUAUGGAUGUUGCUCUUGUGACGACCUCUGGUGAUUCCAUCAGUAGUCCAUUGCGGAUAGGCAUGCUGAGUAAUCCAUGGGCGAGGACGUAGACACACGGAAAAUAAACCACAGCUUUCUUCGGGACCACAACUAUGUGACUGAAGGCUGCCUUGACAUCAUAACCACAAGCAAUGCUGAUAUCAUUUCUACAGUUGAGUUUAAUCACACUGGAGAGCUGCUGGCAACUGGGGACAAGGGGGGUCGUGUUGUAAUAUUCCAACGAGAACCAGAGUGUAAGAAUGAACCUUGCAGUCAGGGCGAAUACAAUGUCUACAGCACUUUCCAGAGCCACGAGCCAGAAUUUGAUUAUUUGAAGAGCUUGGAAAUAGAGGAAAAAAUUAACAAGAUUAAAUGGCUCCCCCAGCAGAACGCAGCCCACUCCCUUCUGUCAACAAAUGAUAAAACAAUCAAAUUAUGGAAAAUUAGUGAGCGUGAUAAGAGGCCAGAAGGGUACAACCUCAAAGAUGAAGAAGGGAAGUUGAAAGAUCUUUCCACCGUGACCUCCUUACAGGUGCCUGUUCUUAAGCCCAUGGAUCUAAUGGUAGAAGUUUCCCCUAGAAGAAUAUUUUCUAAUGGACACACGUAUCAUGUCAACUCCAUCUCUGUCAACAGUGACUGUGAGACGUACAUGUCAGCCGAUGAUCUCAGGAUUAACCUCUGGCACUUGGCAAUCACAGACCGGAGCUUCAACAUCGUCGACAUCAAGCCUGCAAACAUGGAAGACCUGACCGAAGUUAUCACAGCAGCCGAAUUUCAUCCCUAUCACUGCAACCUUUUUGUGUACAGCAGCAGCAAAGGAUCUCUGAGGCUGUGCGACAUGAGGGCGUCUGCACUGUGCGACAAGCAUUGCAAACUUUAUGAAGAACCAGAGGACCCCAGCAACAGAUCAUUCUUUUCUGAAAUCAUCUCAUCAGUUUCUGAUGUCAAAUUCAGUCACAGCGGUCGUUACAUGCUUACACGUGAUUACCUCACAGUCAAAGUUUGGGAUCUAAACAUGGAAACCAAACCCAUUGAGACAUACCAGGUUCAUGAUUACCUUAGAAGCAAGUUAUGUUCCCUGUAUGAGAAUGACUGCAUAUUUGACAAGUUUGAGUGUGCCUGGAAUGGCUCUGACAGUGUCAUCAUGACUGGGGCAUACAAUAACUUCUUUCGAAUGUUUGACCGGAACACAAAACGAGAUGUCACCUUGGAAGCUUCACGAGAGAGCAGCAAGCCACGAGCGGUCCUUAAACCUCGUAGGGUGUGUGUUGGUGGCAAGAGAAGAAAAGAUGACAUAAGUGUGGAUAGUCUGGACUUCACCAAGAAGAUCUUGCACACAGCUUGGCAUCCCACUGAGAACAUCAUUGCCAUAGCAGCGACAAACAAUCUGUAUAUAUUUCAGGAUAAAGUGAACUCAGAUAUGCACUAGGAUUACCAAUUUUUUUUUGUAAUUUCUCAACCGACCUUUCCAAAGGCAUCAAAUCAUAUUUUGAUGACCUGCCCAGGAUAGUGUCUUUGGUGAUGGGAUUAUUACAAUGGUCUUUCUAAAUUCCUUGUACAGAUAAACCUCAAAACAGUGGGGAUCUCCUUCAUUCCCCAUUGCCCAUUGUUCUUUUCAUUUAUUUAUUUCACUUGUAUUAUAAUAUAGUAUAUGAGCUUUGCAGCAAACAAAGAACUUAUACAAAAGGGUUGAAUUAAAAAGUUAGCCAAAAAGAUUG